AGAUUUGGAGGCGCGGGACCAAAGAGAGAAAAAAAACCUUGUUGCAGACUGAAACAAUGACGAAGAUCUCCGACCUUCCAAUAAGUUUGGUAGAGGAGAUUCUCUGUAGGGUCUCCGUUAAAAAUAUGAGAGAGGUUCGAUCAACUUGCAAAGAGUGGGACACUUUAUCCAGAAGCCGAAGCUUUUCAAAGAUGCAUAUUGACAAAAUAAGCGCAGUAAGGGAAGGUGAGUCUAUGAUCAUCGCAAUGAUAGAUUACAAUCUGUAUCUCAAGAAGGUCGUUCUCGUGGUCAAUGAAGAUCCAGUCGUAGAGUGUAAAGGUAAACUUAACAAACAAAUCAAAAUAUCUCAAGUUUUCCACUGUGACGGUUUAUUGCUAUGCGUCUUAAAAGAUGAUGCUACCAAAGCUAUUGUUUGGAAUCCCUAUUCGGGUCAAACAAGGUCGAUAGAAUUUAGAUUUUCUCACCGCCAAAACGGACGGGACAUGUUCAGUUACGCUCUAGGAUACGAGGACAAGGGCUCUGGUCGUAGUUACAAAUUCUUGAGGUUUAUAGAAUACUACGAUGACUAUGAGACCAGAGACGAAUUUGUCUGGUAUGAGAUUUAUGAUUUCGACUCUAGUACAUGGAAGACUCUUGAUGUCACUCCACAAUGGCGAGUUUGUCAGCCUGGCGUGUCUCUCAAAGGAAACACUUACUGGCCUGCUUUACAAAGUUACCCAGAAUAUUACGUGAUUGAUCACAUAAUCUGUUUCGAUUUUACAAGUGAGAGUUUUGGUCCCCUUCUGCGUCUCCCUUUUAGCGCUGGGCAUGGUGACUAUGUUACUUUAUCAUGUGUUAGAGAAGAGAAGCUUGCUGUUUUACUUACUCACGACGAAGGAGGUCCAUUGGAGUUUGACAUAUGGAUUAGUACUAAGAUUGAGGCCGAAAAGGUGUUGUGGAGCAAGUUCUUGAGAGUGGAAACGGAAACGGGAGUUUACGCUCUGGUGAAUUGUGAGAGUUUCUUCAUUGAUGAGGAGAAGAAGGUUGCCAUGGGCAUUGAUGAAGAAGCCUACUCCAGAACAUUUAACAUCGUUGGAGAGGCUGGAUACUUAAAAGAGCUGGAACUCGUAGAAGGUUUACGCGGUAACAUAAACUGUAGGGCAAUGGCGUACUCUUAUGUUCAAAGCCUAGUGCAAAUUAAGCAACCUGCUGCAGGAGGUAAAAGGAAACGCCAAAGUGACUUAGAAAAGCAACGAUUUGAUCAAAACAUGUCGAGACUUGUUGCACUUAAAAAGCGUGGGAUGGUUUAGUCUUUCAGCUAUGUCUUUCAGUUACUCUUAGCUCUUCUGAUUCUGCGUGUUUUUAAUUAAGAUGUCGUUUUGGUGUUGCCUUUUCCUUUUUUAUAUGCUAUCAUUUUUUUUGGA